AUAUUUUCACAUCCCUAGUAACAAACGGCCAAUUUCUUUCGACGGGCAAAAAAUACAAAAAUACGAUAAAAAAGCGGUCUUUUCUCGCCACACAAAGGAGAAGAGCCGCGCGGCUUCGUUCGCGUCGUAACCGGUGAAAAGCACACUAUAUCUGGGACUUUUCCCUCCAUUUCCCAAGGAGUUUUUCUUUCGCCGCAUCGGACUCGCAGCAGCCGGAAAAACAGACACACGCACACCGCGGAGGCAAUGGAAAGCGAAAACGAAAACGCAUGUGUGUCGCUGGGAUAAGACGCAAAGGCGAAACGGCAAAAGAGGCGAACGAGUGGAGCUGGUGAAAUUGCGACAAAAACUUGAGCCGAGAUUGCCGAAAUUGCAUCUCAAGUUUUGGAGUACAAAGAGAAAUAGCUGCAACUCUCACUCACACACACGCACGCGUCACACACUCUCUUUUUGCCGUGUAAAACCAAUACAACCAAAAAACCCAAAAACAACAACCAUGCAAUCUUUGCAAAGUAGUUAAAUAAUUCUGCCCUGUCUGCGCUUUAUUUCCUUCUUCAUUUUUGUUCUCGUUUGUUUUUCUUAAUUUCGUACUUUCAACAAGUUUCUGUUUCUUGUUUCUGUUUUCCCCCUUCAAACACACACACACACACUCGUCUCCCGACGCGCAGUUCUUUUUUCGCUAAUACUUCAAAACAAAAACAACAACAACAAGACGGCAACGGCAGCCACAAACACUGACGCACACGAACAAAUACCAGCUACCAACACCAACGCAACGUCUCUUGUGACGUGCGAGCGCAAAAAUUGUCGUCUUUAGAUUUUUGUUUGUGCACUUUUCGCCAUUUCCCUUUGUGUUGUUCCGUUGUGAGCGCGUGAAAAGGGGAAGAGGAGGAGUGGAGACAGCGAGAAAGAGAGAGAGUGCUAGCCGAGAAGCACCUGCAAGAAAGCGGCACGAGAUCGCCAGAAAAGCAGAAAAAGCAAAAGCGACCGGCUCCCAAUAACUCACUUACACACACACAUCCUCGCCUCGCGCCCACAUCGAGACACACUUGUUGCAGCGGAAGAGGAGAACGGGCAAAGGAGCGAUAAAAAGAGGAGCAUAAGGUGGGCGACAAGGAGGAGGAAGAGAACAAGUGCCUAAGAAGACAACACCGCUCAUCUGCUAUCAGCGAAUACCACUGCAAAAAUGGUCAAGGAGAAGCCCAACUCAACUCGUAUCUACGACAAGGAUGGAUUCAGGCGACGGGCUGCCUGUAUUUGCGUGAAAUCGGAAAAUGAGGCGGAGGUUCUUUUGGUCACCUCUUCUCGUCGGCCGGAGCUGUGGAUCGUCCCUGGAGGCGGCGUAGAGCCUGAGGAAGAACCAUCGGUUACCGCUGUCCGCGAAGUUCUGGAGGAAGCCGGUGUCGUUGGCGAUCUGGGUCGUUGUCUUGGCGUAUUCGAGAACAACGAUCACAUGCAUCGCACCGAGGUGUUCGUAAUGAACGUUACCCAGGAGCUGGACGAGUGGGAGGAUUCGCGGAGCAUCGGUCGGAAGCGUCAGUGGUUCACCAUCGAUGAUGCAUUGUCGCAGUUGGCGCUGCACAAGCCGACGCAGCAGCACUACCUGAUGCAGCUGCAGCACUCCAAGACGCUGGACAAUACGAAUCGGGUGGUUAAUGCCACGCAUCCGCCCAAGCUGACCAAUGCCGCCACACCGGCCGCGUCGCCCACAACGGCAUAAAAGGACAAAUGCAGGAUACUGGAAGGCGGAUGAUACCACAACCACACACACACUUAACCCGAGACUAAUCCAACACUUAUUCUAACCCCAUUACCUUACCAGAGCCGCAUACACAUUUUGACAUUUUGAAAAUUUACAAAUAGACAGGCAGUCUUCUAGAUUCUAGAUUACGUUUAUUAAGCGAUACUUAUGUUAACCCGCAUCCCUCAUACGGCCCCAUUUGCGUUUAAGUUUAAGUCAAAGCGUUCAUUUAUGUCUUUAGUAACUGUAAUGAGAACUAUACUUAUGUGUACUCUAUAGAGAGGUGAAGAAAACAAAAAAACCACAAAAAAAACGCUACUCGAUCAAUGCUAAGCGAUAAUUACAUAAUUCGAGAUCUGUAACACGACACGAAAGCAACGGAAAACUAAAAAAAAAAGAACCUUUAAUAAUUUUUGAGCGAAUAGCACUUUUUGCAAACACGAAAAAGAAACUUAAACUAAAACUAGAUAAACUAAACAAAAAAGAAAAGCAAAUGUAACGAUAUCUAUUAGAUUUUUCUACUCUUUUUUAUAAUUUACUCAAAAAAGGCAUCUUAAUUGAUUAUUGUAACAAGCAAAAACAAUUGGAAACGCAAAAGAAACACUUGAUUAACUAAGCUAAGCGGCCUAAACAAUAAAUCGAAACCUCUUUAAGCGACGACUAA